AUGCCUUUCACUUGUUCAGAUAUUAUCAAGAUCAUUGCUGCCAUCAUCUUACCACCACUUGGUGUUUUCAUGGAAACUGGUUGUAACAGCAGUUUCUUUAUUUCCAUUAUUUUAACCAUUCUUGGUUACAUUCCAGGUAUUAUUUAUGCGUUGUAUGUUAUUCUAAGGUAUUGA